AGUUCACUGCUUUGGUCUUUCCCCGUCCCCAAAACACCCAUCUUCAUUUACAUCCAAACACCAAAUAUAUGUGUCAUUUUUGUUUCUAAAUCGAAGGUUUCUCUGUCAUUUGCAUCCUCACCUCCUCACUAAACUCUAAAAAAGAAAAAAAUCGAGGUGAGAGGGAAUUUUUUUAAAUUUUUUUUUUCAUAUAAGCUCCCUUGUUUCUCCUCUGUUUCCUUUGUUGUUGUUUUUUUUAUCCCUUGCAACAUUUUUUUUUUGGAUAAGAAAAUGUCGUCAAGUAUGUAUCAAGGGUUGCAAUCAUGUCUGGAGGUGGUUGAAUCACGGGUUUUGAGGCUGAAACUAGCUCCACCAAAAUCAAAUUUCCCUGCCUCCAUUGUUACUACUAACCCCAAACCUACGGUGUAUAAUGAAGAAAAAAACAGCACCAUCACCAACACCAAUGACAUGGGCGGCUGGAGUUGCAUCCAGUCCCUCUCCAACGCCAAAGCUUCCACCGAGAAUGACAAAGUUUACGUCCACCCUCUUGUGAAGCGUUCAGCUUCUAGGCUAAGUGAAAAAAGUCUUGAGAUGUGCACCGAAAGGCUAGGGAGUGAGACUGGAAGCGAAGUUAGCGAUUGCAGCGAUGACAUUUCCUUGUUUUCAAUGGACACUCGGUCUCAAACUGUGGCUUGCAAUAUUCCACCCAAACCAAGGGCGAUACGAAAAAUGAGUCGUAGCAGCAGCUUUCCGCCUCCUUUGACAUCCAUUAGCGGUUCAAAUUGUGUUCAAGUCAAGUCUCAUCGAGAAGGCGGCCGCUUGGUUCUUCAAGCCGUUAGUUUCCCUCCCUCUUAUACUUACUUCCAUGCAGAGCGUACCGAUGGGAGGCUUAGGCUUUCCCUUUACAAGGAUGCUUCCCCAGUGUUCCAGGACCAGGACCAGGACCAGGACGAGGACGGUCAAGAGGAAGACCAAGAAGAAGAAGAAGAAGAAACUGUGGUAGAGGAAGAAGAGUUUUACGGGGAAACUGAUAUUAAGGAAGCAAACAGUGGGAAUGUCGGGGGUGAAAUUGGGACAGGGAAGUUGCCUAUUCCAAGCAGCUGCAAAGAACAUGGGUGUGGCCACAAAGGCUUGCUUCAUUGGAAGCCAUUCUUGGUGGCUACUUGAAAAAAUAAAAAGCUAAAAAUUGGGAGAAUUUGAUCAUCCCCUCAAGUGAUCCCUGAUUUCCUAGUUUUCUCCCUUAGAAGUAACCAGUUAUUACAAGUUUAAGAUUACGUACCAUGGAUUUCCUAAAAUAUGCUUAUGGUAGUUAUUGUCGUUAUAGGAUCAACGCUUUUGUCCAUCCCAUGUUACAGUUCCCUUUUUUAUUUUUAACUUUAUGUUCCUUUUUCCAUUUCGUUUAA